GCCUAACAAAUCUCUCUCUCGCCCUACUACUCUCACUCCUCGGCCGCCUCUCUUAACUCUCUCUCUCUCAAAUCGCCAUGGCCAUCACCUUCUCAGAUCUCUACACCGAUGCCGGUCUCAAAGCCCUCGAUGAGUUCCUCGCCAGCAAAUCUUACAUCUCUGGAGACAAGCUGACUUUGGAUGAUAUCAAGGUCUACGCCGCCGUGUUGGAGAAGCCCGCCGGUUCUUUUGCCAAUGUCAGCAAGUGGUACAACGCCGUUUCGUCCCAACUCGCUUCCACCUUCCCCGGCAAGGCUGCCGGAGUGAGAGUCAGCAGCGGCAAGGCUGAGGCUGCUGCACCCGCUCCCGCUGCCGCCGCUGGAGGCGAUGACGAUGACGAUUUGGACCUCUUUGGCGACGAGACUGAGGAGGACAAGAAGGCCGAGGCGGAGUUGGCGGCAGCCAAAAAGGCGUCUACCAAGAAGAAGGAGAGUGGAAAAUCCUCUGUUCUUUUGGAUGUCAAGCCUUGGGACGAUGAGACUGACAUGAAGAAGCUCGAGGAGGCUGUUCGGAGUGUCGAGAUGGAGGGUCUCUUCUGGGGCGCAUCGAAAUUGGUUUCUGUUGGUUACGGGAUCAAGAAGUUGCAGAUCAUGCUCACCAUUGUCGAUGACCUUGUUUCCGUCGAUGACCUCAUCGAAGAGCAGCUUACUGUUGAGCCCCGCAAUGAGUACAUCCAGAGCUGUGACAUUGUUGCCUUCAACAAAAUUUAAUCCUACUACCUGCGUUGCACUGCUCUUCGUUAUCAUAUUUACUUGUUCGAUUUGGAUUUGUGGUAGCAAUUUUCGCGAGUCAAUCUACUUUUGAUCUUUACAUGAUGAUAUAUGGUUUUAAUUUGUGCUUCUAGUUGUUGGCUUGUGCUAUUUUGAGUUUUGUAAUCCUUAAGUUAUACAGUUAAUGUGGUGAUUAUAACAUGAUGCUUAAUUGCUAUCUA